AUGGCGAAAUUCGCAGCCAAUGGGUGCUUCAGGCUGCACAUCGGCGGGCGCAGGGACUGCGAUCCCGGAGACCACGCGCUCCAGCGGGCAAUUGGCGUUGGCGGUGGGGUUUGGGCUCCCAGGAACCCGCUUGCUUUUGCGCUCCAUGACGGAAGGGGCGAUGGCUGUGAGAAGAGGCUGGGGAGGUUGUACGCCGGGGUCUCUUCCUUGGACAGGAACAGGAGCGCCUUCAGUGAGGAGCAGGGCUCGAAGGAUGCCGUUGGCCACGAUGAUCACCAUGAGGAGUAUGAGAGGGAUGAACUCUCCUGCUUCAGAGGCCUGGUCUUGGACAUCUCUUACAGGUUACUUGUCUCGUGCUCACCGAUUCGUGUAGUUCUUCGAUUGCUACAUCCGAUCAUUGCCAUUCGAGCAAUGGAUCAUCAUGAAUUGCUUAUUUUCUGGAUAUUUAUUAAAUUCAGAUGGAGUGUUCAAUUAAAUCAAUGAAGAGCUCCCAUAAAAUAAGCUAAAUCCCUCUGUACAAUGUUCCUAGAUUACACAAAUCGUAUUACGAGAACCUGGUGAGCUCACGUUCUCAAUCUAGAGCAUAUCCAAACAGCUACUUCUGUCUAAACAUCUAGGCUCGUCAGAGGGGUUUUGAUUGCUUCGUGUGGAUAUCAUGAUCUUAUCUACAACGUUGUGGUAAACAUCUCUUGCAUUGCCCAGAGCUCGCUUUAAACAUAAGUGCUCUUGAUUUUUGACGGGGUGGAUUAUUUACCUUCUGGAAGUCGCAAUAAUUCAGUCAAUGCCUGCGAGGGUUGCCAUGAAAUAGAUGAGAUCUUCACCCCUACGGGAACCCAGAUAAAAACAAGGGAGGCGAGAUUAGGGGGCUGUAGCCAAAGUUGAUGACGACUCUCCCCCAUCUCGACCUUCUAUCUUUGUUCUUGAUUGCUGUCCCACACCCUAUGCUGAAUGCGAGCAGCAUAAAUCGGGCUAGUCUCCUGUGUUCUUGUGAAGAUGAAAUACUUGAAUUGCAUCAUCCAUGUAAUAUACAGAUUGUAAUAUUGUGGAACAGAUUUUGGGCAGUAGCUUGUUUGACAAUGGAACUUCUCAAUCUCUCUGAGGUUUAAUCUCUGUCCCCCUCCAGCAUGAAUGGUGUGUUUUGAUUCCACUUUUGGAAAAUCUUUUCAGGCCUAUCAAUGUGAUUUGUUGGCGGCGAGCUAUUUGUUUGGAAUUCAUGGAGAAGGUGGGGGGCCAUUUUCAUUCUAUCUUUUUUGCUUAUAUUUGGUUAGAAGACCCCAUUGCAACAUUUUCCGGCUAAUUAUGUUUAAUUAGACAGUCAUAUGGUUGACGGUGAAAUAAAGCUUGGGGUUUUGCAUGACUCUCUUCUUGGCAUCAUUUCCCAGGCUGAUGUUCUAGAAUACUAUGAUCGAACAGUGUCAUCACCCCGAGGUUCCUUCUACAUCCCAGCAGUUCUGAGGGUGAGCCAACGAUCCUGAAGAUUACUAACUCUAGCUCAUUUAAUCAUCUUUCCUGCCGAAUAUUCACAUGAUGGGAUUACCAGAGUUUAUUUUCCCCAUAUUAAUGGGAUAUCUCCACUGCUUUCAGGUGCCCCAUUUGCUACAUGUUGUUAAGAGGCGAAGGCGCAGAAACAGCCUCAGCCGUAAAGCUGUGCUCCAUCGAGAUUCAUACACUUGCCAGUAAGCUCUUACUCAUACUGACUGGUCAUGUUUAUAUGCCCGUCUCCAGAUCCGAAACCUCAAACCAUAGGCCCUAAAUGUGUCAUUACUCCCUAGUUUUAUGCCCUUUUCGUGGGAGAAAUUGGAAUCUAUAAUCAAAUCUCCCCUUCAGCUGAGGAACUCGAGAUAUAAAAUAGCAAUACUCUAACAUGCGAUGAAUUAUAAGAAGAUACCAAUAGAUUGGCAGCUCUUGGAAAACCUAAUGCGUUCCAAGAUUGUCGUCUUAAUGUUCACAUUCAUGGCCUUAGUCGUGAUGAGUUUUAUAGCCCUAUGACGUGUAGAGUGACUCUACGAUGAUGAUGAUGCCAUAUCUGAUAUUAAUGCUAAUUUCCCAUAUUCUGACGUACGCCUGUCUAGGAUUUAAUUUGGCUCAAGAAGAAAUCAACUUUUCUCCAUCUAAAUUUGUAUUUUAUUAUAUUAUUGUUAUAGCAUAUUCCUGCAUAAUUGAGCGUCUAUGUUGUUCUUACUAUAAAUUUGCUCGAUUUAAUUAUUUUUAGUUAUUUAGGAUAUUUUCAUCUAAGCAAGAACAUUGUCAUCGAUUGGGCUUCACAUGUUCACAUUAGAAGGGUUAUGCUAGUUUUUUUUUUUUCUUACAACAGGUACUGUGCUUCGCACGAGGACUUGACUAUUGACCAUAUUGUGCCAGUUUCUCAGGGUGGUGAAUGGAAAUGGGAGAAUCUGGUAGCCCAACUUUUCCUGCCCUAUUUCAAGUUGCUCAUUUUUUUAAUAAUUAAAAAUUUCAUUUAUUUAGUUGCUGCACUUUCAUAAUUCAGCAAAAAUACGCGUUACAUUUGUAUCCGCAUUAUAAUAGUAUGGAUAAACUUCUACAUCUGAUGAUGAUAUUAAUAAAUAAUGCAUGUAUGUCUCUGUUUCUCAUCAUACUCUUACUAGCUCACUCAUUACAGCACAUCUUCACUGAUUCAAGCUAAUAUGUGUGAGUUGGUCCUAGAAUGAGAGGAUCGCCAUGUGAAUCAUCCCUUGUAUAUGCUCACCAUGAUCCGCAUGAGAUAAUAAUAGCACCGAAAAAAAAAAAAUCUGAAGCGACAAACCCUAGACCCGAAACCUUAAGCCUGGCUUCUUGGAAACACUUUGACAACUAGCCUUCUCGCAGGUGGCGGCCUGUCUAAAAUGCAACUCGAGGAAGGGAAACAAGACGCUAGAGCAAGCGAACAUGAAGCUGAUCAAGAUCCCGAAGGUCUGAAUUCAAUCAAAAAAAAAAAAAAGAGAUCGAAGUCCUUGUGGGCGUUGACCCAGAUGAUGAGCCUUCCUCCUCUUUGCUGCCUGGCGCAGGCACCCAAGGACUAUGACGUCCUCGCCAUCCCCUUGACAACGGCGGCAGUGAAGAUGAUGAAGUCGAGGAAAGGCGUCCCUGCCGAGUGGCUGCAGUACUUAUCCACACCAGGCCCGUGA